UGUGUGACCUCACAAUCGUCUGGCUGUUGGCCGGUAAGUUUUAUUAGUGAGAAUAGUUUCUAAUUUGGCGUCAGUUCCGUGAAACGCUGGCUCCAUCAUGUUCUCUUUGCUAGCCAAGACGGGUAUGGCUGUUGCUUGUCAACAUACCCGAGGCAUGGCAACCUUGAAGGAUAUUCGAGUUCGGCUGAAGUCCGUCAAAAACAUCCAGAAGAUCACCCAGUCAAUGAAGAUGGUGUCAGCGGCCAAAUACGCACGGGCUGAGCGAGACUUAAAGCAGGCUCGACCUUACGGUGAGGGUGCUAGCAGCUUCUACAAAGCGGCUGAAGUAUCGGCAGGUCAAGAACAAAAAUCCACUCUAAUCGUAGCAAUUUCUUCGGACCGAGGCCUCUGUGGUGCCGUUCAUUCUUCGGUAGCCAAAAAAGUCCGCUCUUGGAUGACCGAAAACCCGCAACUUGCCCCGAACGCCAAAAUUAUUUGCGUCGGCGAUAAGGUCAAGGGAAUCUUGCAACGACUAUAUGGCCCAAACAUUCUGAUGUCAUUUAAUGACUACGGCAAGAAGCCUCCAGUGUUUGAAGAUGCCACCGCAGUAGCCAAUGCGGUGCUUGAAUCAGGAUUCGAAUUCGACCAGGGCAUCCUUUUGUACAACAGAUUCAAGUCAGUCGUUUCCUACGAAACGACAGAUGCGCCUAUAUUUUCACUGGACGCCAUCUCCGCUGCUCCAAAAAUCGCUGUGUACGACUCAAUUGAUGCUGAGGUGCUGCGUAGCUACCAGGAGUACUCUCUUGCCUCACUGAUCUAUUAUGCAAUGAAGGAGAACGCUUGCUCGGAGCAGUCCGCGCGAAUGACUGCCAUGGAUGGAGCAUCAAAAAAUGCCGGGGAAAUGAUCGACAAAUUGACUUUGACGUUCAACCGUACUCGACAGGCUGUUAUUACCAAGGAACUCAUCGAGAUCAUCUCUGGCGCAGCCGCUUUGUAAACGUGCCUACCUUAUUUCGAUCAAUACCGUGAAUGAUUGAUCAUGUACUCAAAGGCAGAAAGACCAGGGCUUUGAUUUUUAUAAAAUACAGUUUUAAUGACAGUAGAAACGAAAGUUGCUGCCACUGCCUAUCAGCGAUGAUGUGAAAGCGAGGAUGGCCCGAUUCCAGAAAACUCGAGCCAAUUAAAUGUCCUGCUUCAGUCUUGGUUUUCCAAGGUGUCCUAGUGAAUUAAGAUCGGGUAAUAGACCCUGUUCGACCACAUCAUGUUCAAUUGAACCUUCACUAUACUACAAACACCCAAUGUAUAACAGAAAGAGGAUGAAAAGAAUAAUAAACAUUGGAAUUAUAACAAACAAAAAAAAUUAUAACAAUCAUGUAGUACUUGAA